AUGGAAGACUGUUAUGCACAAGGUGUUUUAUCAUCAAGAACUUCCUUAGUUACCUUUCGGAAGAAUGGUAAUCACGGGCAUAUAACAAAUUCUUUGGAAGGGAUAGGAGAAAAAUCUAACAAAAAAAGAAGAAGAUAUUUUGUAAUUUCCAGAUGCAUUCAUAUAUUGUUACUUUCUAUGUUAUUUCUUUUGUUACAAAACGUGCACAUGCGUGAAGAAUCCGUAAUCUUAAAAUUACAAAAAAGUAAUAAAUGCUCAAGAAAACUAAAUGAAUCAUUUUCUAGAAAUAAUGAAAAUAAUUGUAGAGGAUAUAAUACUAGAACUUAUAAUUAUUCAUGUAAAAACUUAGAAUCAAGAAAUUAUAAUAAUAGUUAUGAACAAGGUCUAAUGAACGCUUUUCAAAGAACAAAUAAUCCUGAUGAGAGUUUAUGUAUGGAUAAUAAUAAAAAACAAAAUUCUCGUAGUGAUAUAUCUAAUACAUAUAAUAAUUUGAAUGAAAAUGUGCAUGGUGGUAACAAUGGUACAUAUAAUAAUUGGAAGGAAAAUGUGCAUGGUGGUAACAAUGGUACAUAUAAUAAUUGGAAGGAAAAUGUGCAUGGUGGUAACAAUGGUACCUAUAAUAAUUUGAAUGAAAAUGUGCAUGGUGGUAACAAUGGUACAUAUAAUAAUUUGAAUGAAAAUGUGCGUGGUGGUAACAAUGGUACCUAUAAUAAUUUGAAUGAAAAUGUGCAUGGCGGUAACAAUGGUACAUAUAAUAAUUUGAAUGAAAAUGUGCGUGGUGGUAACAAUAGUACCUAUAAUAAUUUGAAUGAAAAUGUGUAUGGUGGUAACAAUGGUACAUAUAAUAAUUUGAAUGAAAAUGUGUAUGGUGGUAACAAUGGUACAUAUAAUAAUUGGAAUGAAAAUGUGUAUGGUGGUAACAAUGGUACAUAUAAUAAUUUGAAUGAAAAUGUGUAUGGUGGUAACAAUGGUACAUAUAAUAAUCAAGAUGAAAUUACGUAUUAUUAUAAUUACUAUAAUAAUAGAAAUAAUAAUCCAAAAAAUAAAUUUUAUACAUAUGGAUCCGAUAAAUAUAAAGAUAUGAAAAUUUCCCGUGAUAUGCAUAGCACACAUCAAAUGGGAGUAGAUAUAUAUGAUGAAGAAAAUCGACAUGAUGAUUCAGAUUCAGAAUCUGAAGAAUUAUCCGAAAAGGAUAAACUCAGAAAACGCAUAAAUAAUUUAGGCAGAAAGGUAAAUUUGGUAGAUAUGCUUGAAAUAUUUAACGCUUUAAUGAGUAUAUAUAGAAAAAAAAUAAGCAUAAUUCAAGAUAGUAUGGUUAAGAAUUCUGAUAAAUUAGGAAAAAAACAUAAUAUACCAAAUAUGUAUGUAACUAGUCAUAGCUUGGCAGCCCAAAAAAUCCUUAUGCAGGAUGUUUUAGAUUUUGAAAGGAAAUUACGUAAAAGUUUGUAUCGUUAUAUUAAUAUGGGAAGUGGGUCACGGGACGAGUUUACGAGUUUUAUAAAAGAAGCUGAAAGUAUAUGGAUUAAAUUUAUUAAAAGUUCGAAUAGUAAAUGGAAAUAUAACCUUUAUAUGCAAAUUAAAAGAUAUGCCAACAAAUAA